AUGAUAAGUAAUUAAUAUGAUGAGCUUAUGAAUAGUGAAUUCGAUGUAAGAGAAUUCAUACUUAAGAAUUUCGUUUAAGCUAAUUUCGAGAUCAAUUACAAGAAGAUAGAAUAAUCAAUGCCUUAAAUAGCUUAAAUAUAAUCAUAAACGUGUGAAGAUAUUGCGAGUUCUGUCGAUAAUAACUUAGAGGAUUAUGUUGAAAUAAGCACAUAAUUAACAUCUUUGCAAUCUUAAUUGGAUAAUCUUACACUCUAAUUUAGCAAUAUUACAGAUAUUAUUGUCCUUACUUAAGACAAUUUAUAAUAAAGAAUAUAUUAGAUAAAUGUCAUUGUUGAAAACUUAAAAUUAAUAUAGAAUCUCCAAUAUAGUAUGAAGGACUUAAGGAAAUUAAUAAAUGUAUUAGAGAGUGUAGAUUUCAGUAAAGGGAUGUCCAAUUACAAUUUACUUGAAACAAGUGAGUUAAUUGUGAAAUCAAGAUAAUUAUACACAGAAUUAGAUAAAUCACCUCAUUGUAGAUAAUUAAUGUUGUAAUUUGACUUGCUGCAGAUUAUUCAACAGAAUUAAUGUUAAUUUUAAAAUUUAUUAGAAAAGGAAUUUGUGGAUUGUUUGUAAAAUUUUAAUUCUAUAAAAUUUGCUUGUAUUCUUAGAUCAUUUCAAAAAAUGCAAUUAAAUAAGACACCUGAGAAAUUACUUGUAUAAUUUUUAUUAAAGCCUGCAUUUGAUAUGGCCUUUGCUAAAUUAAAUAAGAAUUUAUUGACAAAGGAUACAUCAAAUUUAGAGUAGUUCUUGCAAUCAGUAUUAUAGAUAUACGAGAACAAUAUUGAAAUAGCUAAAGUUGAAACUGAAACAUUUUCAUUUAAAAAUAUUUUAGUGGAAUUACUCUAUAUAUAUUUGUCUACAAAAGAAUGUGUUAAUAUUUAUUCCUUGGGAGUAUUGGAUUUGUUUUAAUAAAACUAUUAGAAUAUUUAGAAUGUUAAAUAAACUCUUAAAGUAAAUUUUGAGAAGGGAUCAGAAGUAGAAAAAAAGUUUAUGGAGAAAUGGAAUUUAUCAACAUACUUUUCUAUGAGAUAAGCAGAAAUUAUUAAAAAAUUAGAAUCGGAACUUUCAAUUUAACUAACUAAUAAUGAAUACAAUUUUCAUUUGGUUUUAUAAAAUAUUAUAGAGAAUUGUUUUUCAUAAAAAGUUUAUAUCUCCUUAUUAAGAUAGAAAUUUUAUACAUUAGCUAUAUAAAUUAUAACAAGAUUUUGCAAUUUCAUAAAAUCAAAUAAGAAUUCCAUUUAAACUGAUAAAAUACCAAUUAUUAUAAAUAAUCUAUCAAAAAUUAAUUUGUCAGUAUUGCAAUAGGACAUUAUAAUGUUAUAAUUGGAUAAAAUUAGAUCCGUGAUUUCAGAAUUAAUAGAUAUUGCAAUAGUAUAGAUCAAGAUAGAGUGUUAAUAAAAUUUGGAACCUUUUAGUGGAAUACCAGCUAAAUUUAGGAUGACAAAUAGAGACAUGCCCAAUUAACCUUCAAAUUUUUGCAUAAACAUUUUUAAACCACUUUAGAGUUAUUUAUUAAAAUUGGAAGAUGAUUCCACCAAGAAAUUAACAUGUGAAAAAGUAUGCAAUACUACUUUAGAACGAUUUUAAGUAAUUAAAAAGUAAGCUCUUGAUACAUGUGAUAAAAAUGAAGAAUUAAUGGCUAAAAUGGGAGUCAAAAAAAAUGAUGCAUUGGAUAAUCAAAAAAUAAGAAUGUAGUUCUAACUGGAUGAAGAAGAAAUAAAAAACAUUAUGAUAACUAAAUUAUAUUAAUGA